CUGCUGGGCAGUUUCCAGGAGGUAGAACGAGCCACCAUAGCUAAAGCGGUGAAAGGGCAGCAGAUGUCGAUCGGCAUCAAGAAGUUACUCAUGCUCAUUGAAAUGGCGGUGCAGAUGGAUCACGGCCACAGAGUCAGCAAGUUCCUGAGUCUACUGAGGGACGACGGAGCACUGGGUUUUAAUAAGUUUGGAGUGAUCUAGACUCAGAGGAGCCACGUUGUGAAAAAGAGGCAUCCUUCAACGUUGCCGAGGAACGGAAACCUGAAAGAGGCUGGCAGAAAGGAAGCAAGCAAAAAAAAAGGAGAGAUAGUUUCCAUCUCUCUCUGUCUCUCUCUCUCUCUCUUUUUCUCUGCAUCCUUCCUUCCUUCCUUCCCAUCCCUGAAGCUGUGUGUGUGUGAGUGCUUCUCUCUCUGCACUGCAGCAGCCAAACCAAACCAGGCGAAACACCCCCCCCCCCCCCCCCUCUCUCUCUCAACCUUCCUCUGAUAUGAAAGAAAAAAAAGAAAAAAGAGAGCUGUGUUUGUUGUAUCUGUGUAUAUUGUAAAUUCCUGAAGAUUAGUGCUGUCUUACCUCCAUGUGAUGCCUCUAGCACUCCAUUUGGGAUUUUUUUUUUUUUUUUACACAUAAAAAAGAGUCAAAGUGAAAGAUCCAGCGUGCACAAACACUAAUUAUUAUAUAAUACUGUUUCUUUACAUUAUAUAUAUAUAUAUCAUCAUUCCGGGUCUCGGUGAGGCUUUUCACGACUUGAAGGUUUUAUUCUUAUCAUGUUGUGUUAGACCUUUUUUUUGGGGGGAUUUUAUGAUUAAAUUAAAAUCUGUUACUAAUGACACACACUGUGUUAUCUGGACUUAAUGAUUAAAUGAAUCAAAUGGGUUUUUUUUUUUUAAAGGGAAGUUACGUCACACACACACACACACACACACACACACACACACACACACACGCUGCUUUCGACCCACACAGAUGGUUUAAAGUGUAGUUUAAUAUUCACAGAGGCCUUCGUCACUUAGAUCUUAAUGUUAUUGAAAUUGUGUCCAGCUGCCACCCAAAAAAAACUACCUUGUUAAUGAUUUUCUAAUAAUUAUGAUACACCAAAAUCAUUUGAAUGUGCAUCUCAUGAAUGAACCUGUGCAGAUGUUUCCAGUUAAAGGAUAAGUUCCACUUUAUCUAACUUUAAAACUUUAUUAAUAACACUCAUGUGCCCAAAUCUACGUUGAAAUAGAACAUAAUGCAAGAGCCCACAGCUGUUUAGUGCAAAGAUUCACUCUCAAGUUCAAUUUCAAGCUAAUGUGAGGAUGCGUUAGUCAAAUCAAGUGGGGCCUCUAUCAAAAUUAAGUCUUUUUUAAACACAAAAUUCCCUGUUUUUUGUUUCUCAUUACGAUGUUUUCCUCUCUAAACUUUGGGAAACACCUGUUUGAUUUCACCAACGCUGACCUGCUGAAGCCUCAUGUUUGUUGGCUUUGACUAAACUAUUUGAUGCGUCCCAUUGAAGUCUGACUUCAUAAAAUUGUUAAGUUUAAUAGUGUGUUCCAGUUGUGUUCAGGAGUUGAAAUUUCCGAGGUUCCCAGUCUGAAAUUUCAACUGGAACGCCCCCUGAAGUCGGAAAGUCGGACACUGCUUCAACAGUGUGAAAGUUGCAGUAAUAUCCUGUUUUAUUAGCACUUAUCUGCCUUAUUAGUGUCUCAUUAAAUCAGUCGUACACACACACAGCACUGUCCAUCAUCAUCUAUCUGUGGAUGUGUUGCUAUGGCGACUGUAUGCGCUAAAUACACCAAAAUGAGUUUUUAUCAUCUGGUGUUGCUAUCAGUGGCUAACCUGGCUAAACUGGAACGAUUUAAACUCGGAUGUGACGUUCAAUCCUGACUUCCAACUUCCGAUGUAAAUUCCCAGGCAGCGUGAAACUCAGAAUUCAAAGCUCGAAAUCGUACAAGACCUCAAGCUAAUAAUAACUUACCUUUCGCUGCCGUGUCGAGCGACUCUGGUUGCAUCAAAUCAUCUCCAGUUUUCCCAUUUUCGAAGGCUGUUCCCUCACACUUUGUCGAGUAGGAUUUUGUCUUGAACGCACCACUACAGUGACUUUUUUCCACAGAUUUAAAGAUGUGGAUUUUGUCCCCCAUCACUUAAAGGUGCAGCGUGUAAAAUUUAGUAUCUAGUGGAACAGACUUGGCAGAAAUGUAAUAUUAUAAGUAUGUUUUAAUUAGUGUAAAAUCACCUGAAAAUAAGAAUCGUUGCGUCUUUGAUACCUUAGAACGAGUCCUUUUCUACAGUAGCCCAACAGGGACAAACCAAACAGCUUUACAGAGAGUGCCUUUUUACAUUUUUUCGUGAGUUUCGCUGCUUGCAAUCUGCACCCUCACCACUAGAUGUCACUAAAUCUCACACACUGGCCCUUUAAAUCAAACUCAUGAUCGGCAAAGACAGCAGGAAAGAUUAUAGCAAACUAAAAAAUGGUUUAAAUGUACAUAAAGUGCAUGUUAGCGUUGUUUUUAAGACACACUUUAAACCUCCACAUCGUCAUGGUUACGGAGCAGAUUUCUGGAUCCGAUCUGUCGUAAUUGUAACGCAACAGUGUCAAACGUGUCAGUAACACCUUCAUCAUCACAAUGCUUGAAGUCUUCAUCUGUACUUGUGUUGUUUUUUUUAUAUAUAUAUAUAUACAAGUGAAAUUUAAAUAAAAAUGACUCAG